CGAAGCUCUCGUCUUCAUCAUCCAAUCGCAUAAACUUCUUCAAGUAGAGAGAUAGAAAAAAAAUGUCUGCAGAGGAAGAAACCGUUCCAACCAACGUCGAAGAGACGGUGACGGCGCCGGCGAGUGAGAAGAAACCGGCGGCGAAGGGAGGUAAAGCGAAGAAGACGAAGGAAGUUAAAUCAGCAGCAGCUCCCAAGAAGAAGCCUGCAGCUAAGUCUCCGAGGAAGAGAGCUUCUUCAUCUCACCCUACCUACGAAGAGAUGAUUAAGGAUGCGAUCACGACGUUGAAGGAGAGAACCGGAUCUAGCCAAUACGCGAUUCAGAAGUUCAUCGAGGAGAAGCAGAAGUCGCUUCCCCCUACGUUCAGGAAGCUUCUCCUCGUCAAUCUCAAGAGACUCGUCGCUUCCGGGAAGCUAGUCAAAGUCAAAGGCUCCUUCAAGCUCCCCUCUGCUAAAUCAUCCGCCGUUUCUGCUGCUCCUAAACCGGCUCCGGUUAAGAAGGCAACCGUAUCUACUAAACCGAAGGCUAAAGUUGCUAAACCGGCAGCUAAAGGAACCAAGAAGACCAAAGCUGUAGCUGUGAAGCCAAAGGCUAAAGUCGCUGCUAAACCUAAACCAAAGACGAAGACAAAGACGGUGGCGGCUGUUUCAAAGACCAAAGCUGUUGCGGCUAAGCCUAAGGCUAAAGAGAGACCUGCUAAAGCGGCGAGGACUUCGAGUAGAACGUCUCCAGGGAAGAAGGCGGCUGCUCCUGCUAAGAAAGCGGCGGCGGCUGUAACUAAGAAGGCCAAGGCCACGGCUAAGGCGAAGGCUCCGGCUGCUAAGAGCGUGAAGGCUAAGUCUCCGGCGAAAAGGGCUUCGACGAGGAAGGUUAAGAAGUGAAGAAGAAGGGGUUUAGGGUAGUGAAUGAGGGGGGAGAUUGAAUACAUGGUUGUGAUGGUGGUUAGCUUCUUUAGGGUAGUCUUGUAUAAUUUGAAUCAUCCUUGAAGAAGCUUUUUUUUUUUUUACUUUUUCGUUGUUUCUGGUUUCUUCUUGAAACCCUUUGUUUUGUAAUUGUUGGUUUGUUUUAAUGAAGCUUCUUACAUGGUUAA